AUGACCUAUUGGAAACACCACCACGGGCCCAGCACAGACACACCGAUCCGAUGUCAUGGGCAUCCCAGCAAUCAGACUUUGGCGCAAUUCAAGCAACGUGCCAUUGGGCGAAUCGAGCGCACGGACCCGCAAAUCGCGCAAGCGAUGCACAAACAACUUACUUCGCCCCCAGACAACCUAAACUGGGAAAUGUCAAUGACGCAGCCGGGUGUGGCCGGCAAGACUCAGCACCUUCUAGUUUCGACCACCGAUGUGUUUGUCACCGCCCUCGAGCGUAUGUCAGAGGAGCCAGACGGGGUUCAAUUUGGGCUACACAUGUCAAUGCCAUUGUUCUAUCCCUACGACCUUGAUGAAACCGCCAGUGACCGUAGUGAAGAUGAGCCCGCGUGCAAACCCGAAACGCAACCGACCAAACGCCCAGUUCCGCAGAAUCCCCCAUGUCUUCAGAUGACUCCACACAUCCACACACACCAGGAAUCAAACCCCGUUGGUUUAGUUGUAGAGUACACCCUUUAUGUCCCCCUAGGUGUAUGCGACCAAGGGGAACUUUUCUCGGAAAUGUAUUCGCAUGGCAUUGCCACCCGGCCUCUCCUUGUUGACCUGGCCGCUCUUGCGUAUCAGGACCUGAAGAAGAAGGUCUUUGCCCACCUGGCCAAGGAGUGCGAGACCAUCCGCCUCAACCACGUUGCCGUCAAAAGCGAUCAACUCGGCCGCUUGACGUGGUCCUUCUCGAUCACGGACGCCAAGAAGGCCAAUCACCACGGCUCCUUUAUGGCCGGCGAACACGGGUUUUGGCACUUUGUGGCCUCCGCGCGCGCGGCUUCUAACUCGGGCGAGAUAUGUAUUCGCGUGAUACAGGAUCUCGAAACCUGUGUGAUUACGGCCCUAUCCCCCCAUCAAAGAGUUUACGACGUCGACCCCGAGGUGCAAGCCUUUGCCCCCCGGAGGGGUCACCGCCAGCCCACCGGGCGGAAGUGUGAGCCCCUCUGA